AUGGAAGCCAUGGUCGAGGAGAGUGUGCAGGCAAAGGUCAGCCUGCAGACGGAGCGGGAGCAGCUAAAAGCAGUGGAGGCGAGCUUCAUAACUUUGACCCAGUGCUUAGAGUCGACCUUGAACAGGCUGGAAGCUGCGGUUGCGCAGCCGGCGGUUGCGCGGCAGUUUGACUGGGACUCGCAGCAGAAGGAGGUGGCCUUGCUCCCGGAGACGGUGGACCCCUACCCGAGGCCCAUCAAAGAGUCCUGUGAGCUCAAGCCGACUUUGGUGAACUGCGAAAGCAAAGAUUCGGCCUUGGAUCCGGAGGAGCUGCCCAAGGUCGAGGCGGUAAAGACCGACGCAACCGCUACCUACACGAUGGAGGAGGCGGAGGCCACAAGAUCCAUGCACCUGAUAUCGGGUGUGAAGAGCCCGGAGGGCAUGUUCGCACUCUGUCAGAAUUACCUGGACUAUGUUGCUGGGGCCCUGGUGAUGCUGAACUCCAUAGCUAUGAUGGUGGAGCUGCAGAUGGAAGGCAUGUCCAUUGGUUUUCGGCUGGGCCUGCAUGGCGAAACCAUUCCCUUGGAGGACGUCAGUCGGGUCUUCGAGACGAUCGAUGCGGUCUUCGUGUUUGUCUUCCUCUUUGAGCUGUUGUUGCGGGUGUUCUUGGAAAGAUCGAAGCUUCUCCGCGACUCAGCAUUUUGGUUCGACGCCUUUUUGGUGGUUGCGGGGCUGGCCGACAUGUACUUGAUCAUGCCGCUGGCCUCCAUCGCAGGGGAGCCCAAGAAUGUGGCGAUGCUCCGCCUGGUGCGGGCGCUCAAGGCCCUUCGCGCCAUACGCAUGGUGAGGACCUUGCGCCUCUUUCGAGGCCUCCGAGUGCUGGUGAAGGCGUGCCAGUGCUUCCUGCCGUCCUUGGGCUGGUCCAUGGUCUUGCUGGGCGUCUUCAUGUCUAUGGGCGCGUUGAUUCUUGCGACGCUCUUGCAGGAUUUCCUCCUGAAUCCCGACGCAGAUGAGACUGACCGUGAGUGGAUCUGGAUGAAAUAUGGCACAGCCUAUCGUGCAUCGUGGACUCUGUAUGAGAUCACCUUUGCAGGGAACUGGCCAACGAACGUACGGCCAGUGCUGGAAAAGGUGAGCCAGGUCUAUGUGAUCUUCUUCCUUCUUUACAUUACUGCAUCAGGCGAAGCACCAAAGGACCAAAAAGACUAA